AUGCUUGGUCGACCAGUCCUCAACGGCCACGACACGCGCCGGGUUAAUGUGCCUACGGGCACACCAAUACCCCCUGCUUACCACCUUGUUUACUUCACGCCCGACGAUCUCGAAGCUGAACUUGGUGCUGACGGGAGUGACCGGACGUUUAAUGCACCCGCCCCUUUUACAAGGAGAAUGUGGGCAGGUGGUCAUAUGAAGUUUGAAAAAGAAAACCCCCUGAGAGUCGGGGAGGAAGUGGAAGAGCAUACCAAGCUGAUCAGUGCGGUGGCGAAGACGAGCAGGUCCGCUGGCGAGAUGGUACUUGUCGAAGUAGAGAAAAAGAUGUAUGGAUCACAAGGACUGGCAUUGGUUGAUACACGGUCAUGGGUAUUUCGCCCAGUGCUACAUUCUAACGCUCGAGAGGGUGUAGCGCUGAGGAGUGUCGACGGCAACAUCCUAGCCGCAUCAUCUAUUUUUGAUGUAGUAAAUGAUAGCACCGCUUUUCCGAUACGCAAACUCUCAUGGUCACCCGUUGGCCUUUUCCGAUUCUCUGCACUGACCUUCAAUGGUCACAAGAUUCAUUACAAUGAAGAUUGGACUCGUAAUGCCGAGGGUCAUCCUGGUAUCGUGGUACACGGGCCUCUGAAUGUAAUCAACUUGCUAGACUACUGGAGAGAUUUCCACGGAGAGGGCACAGGCCCUGAUGAAAUCAUAUACAGGGCCAUGUCACCAGUUUACGGAGGCGAGGAGUAUCAGAUACGAACACUCGACAUAAUGGAAACUACUAACAGCAAAGUAUUCGAAGUGGCAGCAGAAAAGAACGGAGUUCUCAUCAUGAAAGCCUCGAUUAUCAAAAAGACAUAG